AUGAGGCACCAUCGGGUCUGCGUCUGUACCCUCCCCGCCACCCGCGGCCGACCUUCCAGCACGACCUUCCUCUCUCCACCACGUCCUGUACAUAUUACGAUACCUCCAGCAGCGAAGACGGCAGCGGCAGCGGCAUCAAUGUGGUCUUCCACUUGGGAUCCUCCCACAGUGGAUGGGUAUCAAAAUUGGGAAGUGGACGGCGCCGUCAUCCGCAGGUGGAAGAGCGGCCCGAAUAGAAUCGAUGUAUUUGCCAAGGACGCGACGUUGAUCGACUCACGACGUGCAGAUUCUGCCGCCGAAGAUACGAAUACUGUCGCUGCAGCAGAUAAGACAUUCGUGUUUCUGAGAUGCAUUUUCACGAGCAUAGCGAUCGGGAAGGCAAAAUUCUUACGUCAGACAGUCUCGUGCUUGAACAAAUGA